AUGGAACAAUACAAAUGUGGCGGAAAUGCUCAGGAAGAAGCGUCUACUUCACGUCAAUCUGUGGACGCUAAAAAAGUCGAGGGCUAUACGAAAAAUUUUAAAGACGAUAACUGCUUAGACGGACAAAAAUGUUCCGGUUACGGGCAAUGCAGCCCCGUAAACACAGACGAAAAAGAGGAAAAAGAUUCGUUUCUACAAAGUCAAGGUAAUCUCGCGCAAGUAGAAAGCAAAACAGAACCGAGUGACGUUGGUCGAUCGUUGCCUGAUAAAAAUAGUCGAUCUAUCGUACUUUCAAAAAGUUUGACUAUGUUGCCACAGAAAAUAUCUUACGGAUCGAAAAACACAGCUAUGGGUGCAUCAGAUGAAAAAAUCGAUAAAAGUGUUUCAGUCAGGGCAUCGUCAAAAAGGCGUCUGAUACUGGUGUCACCCUUCAAGAAAGAAUCAGAAGCCAAACUGACAAGAUCUACCGAUCUAGAGGAAUUUUAUUGCAUCGCACAAGCAAACAAAAAUAUCUUCGGUUAUUACAAUAACUCAAAAGUCGGACAAAUUGGCGGUGGAGAUGAAAAUAUAACAAUUAUUCGAUCUCCCAAAACAGAAGUAUGGCUCUCAGGUUUUUGGACCACAUGAAGAUUGACAUUUUUAGGAAAUUUCUCGAGGUAGGAAUGAACCUUAUCACGGG